ACUACUUUUUAAAAGUAACGUCCCCAACACUGCAUAGGAAGGAGGUGUCAAUGGGACUUUGAGGUUCUCUGUAUGCCCAUUAUACCCAUUGAACUGUCGUUAUUCAACUAUGACAAGGUAAACUCGGGUUUGCAUUUUAUCACCCCUUCAAUGUUUCGACUAAAUCAUGUGGCGUUAUCCAUUAAAGUUAAUAUUACAGUUAUAAUAAGCUAAACUGCCAGCUGAACUAGUAUAGGUACCCACAAACACAUUUACUAACCUGUUUUUUUUGCAUUUUCAUUCUCAGACUCUCUUGGCCUCUAUGGAAGCAGAAAAAGGUGAUGUAGUGGAAGGGUGGUGAGGUUAGAAAGCCCAUUUUGGAAUAUUUUACUGCCAUUGGCAAAUAUUAAGUAUUUGCUACUUCUAAUCUUCCUCUUUCCCUCUCUGUUAAGUCUGUAUAGUGGACCGUAGGUAUGCAUUCUUGCUUGUAGGAAAAUACACUACAUUCACAGCUGGUGUAAAUGUUUACUCAACACAUUAACAGAUCGGCUGCAGGCUUCCUUCACAGAUUCUUUUGAUAAACAUAAAAAGAGCCUUGGAUAUUGCACUGGCAUAGGGUUGUUACUGUUUCUGAUAACCACACUGUUCAAAACACUGCCUGGUACAGAGCUUACAACAUAUAAAUCAGGCUCAGCUCACUUCUUAACUUGAAGCUUUUUUGUGUUUAGCAGUGGAACGGUUGAAGUACUUCACUUUUUUUUACACUGAGUCAUAUUGAAGUUGAUUAGCCUAACUCUGCGUCAAAAGGAAUUUAAACUGAGGGGAAAGCUGUUCUGAAGAAGUGAAAAUAUCCCCAUUAUGAUACCUAUUUACACUGGUUACACUAGGAAAAGACUCAAAUCAAUGUGAAAGUUUAAUGGGGGAAUUCAGGUAUGUAGCAUGCCUUGUGGUUGUCUGCCCCAGAAUUUCAACUUCUCUUGAAUACAGAACUCACAACACACUGAUAGAGGACCAUUUUUUUCUUUGUCUGAGGAUGUGGUCCAUAACAGUGUGGUGUUUCUCCCCACCCAUAAAGCUACUUCCUCUGUGCACGUGUGCAAAAACUCCCUCCCUCCUCCUACAUGUCUUCCCCUUUUUGUAUUUCGUCUCAUCCCUUCACCGCUGUCAAUGGCAAGUCAUCUUAACCAGAACCAGACAGUCAACAGAGAGAAAAAACACUGUAGUUAUAUUUUAUUAUAUUGGCUGAUAAUCAUCUAUUGUAGUAAUCAUUUAAGAGUAUAAUGUGGGACUGUAGUGGCUCGGCUGCAUGUGAGCAGCUCUGAAGAGUCUCUUCUGAAGCUUGUCCUCUGACCCACCUGGACUGAACUCUGCCAAACUUGACGCAGCUCUCGAAUGUGUCUGAAACUCUUCACCCACUGGACAGCUUUGUUUUACAAUCAAGACUCAUCUCUCUCAAAACAUCAGUCUUUUUUUACAGGUGAAUUUCUAACCAGGAAAGUGAAAGAAAACUAAAGGAACAAUGAACGUCACAGUCACACCACCAGCAACAACCAUAAACUCAACUAUGUGUGUUCAAAUUGGCCAGAGCGCCAUUAGUGACUUCCUGAUGUCUAUUUACAUCCUGGCUUUUAUCUUUGGUUUGAUCUUCAACGUGCUGACCCUGGGCCCCAUUUGCCAACAAGUGCGGCGGCAAAAUGUUUUGGGCAUCUUCCUGCUCAACCUGUCCCUCUCCGAUAUGUUAUUCAUCUUCACUAUGCCCCUUUGGAUCAAUUAUUACAUGCAGGACCACCACUGGAAGCUAGGUGCUAUCUCCUGCGGCAUAGCUGGCUUCUUCUACUACUCCAACAUGUAUAUCAGCAUCUACCUCCUCUGCUGUAUCUCCGUGGACCGCUGCCUAGUGGUCACCUACCCACUCCGCUUCAAGACCCACCGUACAUCAUGCUACGCCUGGGCACAGUGUGCCACUGUUUAUGUUGUAGUGAUGGCGCUACACAUCAUGGUACUGGUAUAUGACAAUCUCGCUGACCCCCAUGAUGAAGAAAACAACAAUGACCGUUGUUAUGAGACUUACCCCAUGCAGAAACCUGUCGCCCUGUUCAACCUGCUCAGAGUGGGCAUUGGCUUCCUGCUGCCCCUGCACGUGUUGGCAGUGAGCUACUGGAGGGUGCUGGCCACUGUGGGCCAGAGUCCCGGCCUGAGCGCCCAGGCGAAGAGGAAGGUCCGCCUGCUGUCCUUUGGGGUGAUUGGGAUCUUCUCAAUUUGCUUUGCUCCAUAUCACAUUCUCCUGCUCAUACGGUCACUAGUCUUCUACAGUGAUGACAAACUAGAUCCCCAAGGAAGUUACUGCCAGUUUGAACAAAAAAUGCACUUUUUAUUCUCAUGUACGCUGGCACUGUCCAGUCUGAACUGCGUGGUGGACCCUGUGCUGUAUGUGUUGGUCAGUAAUGGAGUCCAGGAGGAGGUGAAACUGUGCUGGAGGAGGCGUAAAGUGACACAGGCAGGGAACUGUACUUUUACUUCAAACAACAGAGGAAAGUCUAAUACUAACUUAAUAUGACAAGUAAGCUGUAUUUGGGUGGAUAAGUGCACCUGUGCAUUUGCAUGUGUGUGUAUGUGCAUACACGAUUAUGCAAAAUACUGUCGCUGUUUUGUUUUUUCAUCAGAUCAUUGAGGGGUGACCCUUUACAAUGACAUUGAGUCUGGUUUGUGGCUGUUUAAAUGCAAGUCUGCAUUUUCAGAGUUAGCGAAUAAGAAGCAGAAAUAUUUACAUCCCAUAAUCAACCCUUUGUGUACAGACAAUCAAACAUUCUUUGAGAGAACCACAUUGUCGCUAUUUUUUUCUUUUUCUUCCUCAUAUCCUGCACAGAGUAGAGGAGUGGGUUGAGUAACAUCUCAGCUGUAAUUGGAUUGUAUUCCCAGGUAGGUUCUGCUUUCCCAAGAGUUCUUCAGUGGCACUUCUGGUUUGUAGCUGGACAGUGCUGGAGUUGAAGAGCACUUGUGCCUUCUUUCCAAUCUAUUCAAGGAUUUUGUGAUUGUGAUUGCAUGAUUGACCCUGGUAUAGCUAAAAGUGCCACAAAGAAGGCAUUUAUUAGCAUGACCUUGUGCCUUUAUUGUCUAACCGUCAAUGGAACAUGUUGAAUGUAAAAAAAAAUAAACCAGUUGUUUGAGCAGAUGCUCAAACUCGACUUUUAGGUUGUUUAUGAAGAAAACUUGAUGAUCAAUUUGCAGUACGUAUUUUAUACAUUUCCACAGGGAUGGAAGGCCUUAGGAAAUAAUAAGCCCAUGCGUGUGUGCGUUUGUGUGAGAGUAUUCGCCAAAAUGUCUAAAAAAGGUGAAAAAGACAGGUAUAGAAGACAGGUAUAGAAAAAAGAAAGAGGGAGGGAGAAAGUGAAUUGACAACAUACUGUUAUGGCUUUGUUUUGUAUUUGAUCCAUUAUUCAUACAGUGGCUCUCUCAUCCAUCAAUAGUGCUAUAGUGCAUAUCGAUACAUCACCAACUAGGCACUUGGCACAUAACCAGCAUGAACCCUGAGGUUGUUAAGGUUUGUUCAACAUGUUCUUUCCUUUAAAAGCCUUUACUGCUGAGUCAUUAGUCAGUAUAUGGAGACAGGGUGUAUAUAGCAUAUACAGCUGUCUCCUGAAAAUCCCACUCAUAUAAUACUAAAAUAUUUUAUUUUAGUGCAGUACGCUUUAGUGGAAAUGUGACUGCUGCCUGGAUUAUGUUAACUGGCAAUAUUUCUUUUGCAGUCCAUGAUGAGCAGGGAUAAUGUAGUAAAACAAAUGAAAUAUGUUGCAAGUGAACAUUUUGCAUCUUUCAUUAAAAUGUUUCCUUAUUAUAUUGAUAAAAUACGAGUGGCAUAACUUUCUUUCAAACUGUGACUUUCUUUUAGGGGGACUGGGUUGCCCUCAAGCUCAUUGUUGCUCAAUGUUAAAUACUUGAAGGAUAUGGUUAGUAAAUUCUUUAUUAUUCUUAUUUUCAACAAAUCCCAUAAAAAGACCAAACCCAAUGAAUGAAUACAUACUAUACAAGUGUAGUAGUGUAGUGUAAUAUGUGUAGUCAAGGCCUGAUAUGCCUUAUUCCUCUAUGCCUCUGUUGUUUUCCAAAAACUAUUUAAAAAAAAACCAUCAUUAAUGAGCCAUGAGCAAGAAACGUGUUCCUUCAUUAUCAUGAACAUGGGCAAUGUAGUUUAUUUUGAGUCAAUUCCACAUAAAUUAGCCUGCUGCCAGAAACACUUACUAGAGCAUAGUAUGUGUUAAUCCCCCGCUGAAAAUAGUCCUAAUAACAAAUGCAAGAUUUACUCCUGUUGAGUAAUGUUUUCUAAAAAACUACAGUGCCCACCUGUUUUAAGAAUGUACAUAUUUGUGACCUUUCAGGUUUUACGUGUUCAGGAACAAAUGGGCCACAGACAGUUUAGGGAAAUUCUAAUGCAUUUUUAGUUUCGGUCCGCUCGUGGGAUUUCUUGACAAAAAGGAAAAUAUAGAAUAAUGCUAGCCUUGCAAAACAAGCCACGGCUGGGAACGAUUCAUCUGCCACAUCAGAUUCUGGGGUUUCAUCAGGUCAAGAGACAGCUUUGCUUCGUGGACAGUUAAGUGAAAAAAAAAAAGAAGAAAAAAAUUAUAUAAAUUCACGAGAGGUUCCCAAAAGAUGUCCUUCCCUCCCUUACUCGAUUAUUUCACCUCAGUACUCUUUCCAGUCAAAGUUUGAGGCAAUUUGAACAAGCACUACUUGAAAAAGUGAUUGGAUUCCAUAUUUGCAAAUGAUAAAAAACAUAGUCAAGUUUAAAUAAAUUAUCCAAAGCUGCAGUCCAUCAUCCAGUGGUAUUAGACCCAAGAUAUUACAGGUCUUUUUCCCUAGACUCAGCUUUUGAUGAGCUAUCUCAGGCUGUAGCCAGACUCCGGAAAAUCAAUAUGGUUUCAUCGAUUAGCUGUUCCAACUCAAAACGCAUUGUUGGUCUAAAUGCAUUAAAGCUAUUCUUAGCUAAGUUAUUAUAGCGUUGAUGUGAGUAUUGUGACACAUACAAAACAGCACUCAAUAUAAAGUAAUUUUUUAUUUCCCCUUCCAUGAUGAGCAAUCCCUUCUAAUUAAUAUUUAAAUUGUUGCUCUCCUGUUGCCCGCUGUGUUGUUAAGUGUGUCUUAAAUGAAACACUGAGUCUUAAUUAUAUCAAACUCAAUUUGUCUAAAUCCUAAAAGUCCCAAAGUAGUUUAUCAUUAGAUUUGAUAUUUCAUUUGCAAAACAAAUGUAAUUGUCACUGUGUAAUGUAACUACAGUCAUGCAGGCUGCCACAGUUGAAUUGAAUCACCUUAUUUAAACCUAAGUCAUAAAUGUUUUACCUUUGA